CUUGGGGCAGGUGCUGUGUCCAGUAGUGUAUCUGGCGAUGCACCGAGUCCUUUCCACGGAGGGCAAGCAGGUGAAAUGGCACGGAGGUGGAAAGGGGCCUAGCCACAGAGCGCCUCGAGCUGGGCAGUCAAUCCUUGGGAAGCCCUGGUGGUCUUCGCCUCGCCGGGUUCGGAACAGCAGGCUGGGAUCCGCAACCAUCGAGACGCAUCCGCCGAGACCUCCGAGCAUCCUAGAGAGGACACGGAAGCGGGUCUUUCCUUUCGCACCUGUCUGAUAGCGUCCGCAGCUCACUUCCGGGCCGCGGAGAGCACUGGCGACCCUAGCGGGUGAGAGGCCCUUCAGGGCCGCGGCGGGUUGAGCGCACCAUCACGUCUAAGACAUCAGCAAGUUUGUUGGUUUUAAUCUCCAAAAUACGUCUUGAUUUUGUCUGACUCUUUGCCACCACCCUGAUCUAAGCCCUUAUCAUCUGCUUGAAUCACUAACUUGUCUCCACUUGCAGUUUUUAAAAGAGUUGCUUCCAUUUGACUUUUUCUGUCUGCUGUACCAGCAUAUGAGUUUCAGGAGGGGUCAUUGAUGCAGUCAUUCUCAGUCUCCUCAGAGGGAGUGUGAAGAUGCUUAAAGAGCAUCCAGAGAUGGCGGAAGCUCCUCAGCAGCAGUUGGGUAUUCCUGUGGUGAAACUGGAGAAAGAGUUGCCAUGGGGCAGAGCAAGGGAGGACCCUAGUCCAGAGACUUUUCGGCUGAGGUUUCGGCAGUUCCGCUACCAGGAGGCAGCUGGACCCCAGGAAGCUCUUAGGGAGCUCCAGGAACUCUGUCGUCGGUGGCUGAGGCCCGAGUUGCACACCAAGGAGCAGAUCCUGGAGCUGCUGGUGCUGGAGCAGUUCCUCACUAUCCUGCCCCGCGAGUUCUACGCCUGGAUCCGGGAGCAUGGCCCAGAGAGUGGCAAGGCCCUGGCCGCCAUGGUGGAGGACCUGACAGAAAGAGCGCUGGAGGCCAAGGCGGUUCCAUGCCACAGGCAGGGAGAGCAGGAGGAAACAGCACUUUGCAGAGGCGCUUGGGAGCCAGGCAUCCAGCUGGGGCCAGUGGAGGUCAAGCCUGAGUGGGGGAUGCCCCCUGGGGAAGGAGUUCAAGGUCCAGACCCAGGUACCGAGGAGCAGCUCAGUCAGGACCCUGGAGAUGAGACACGGGCCUUCCAGGAGCAAGCACUACCUGUUCUGCAGGCGGGUCCUGGCCUCCCCGCAAUGAAUCCCAGAGACCAAGAGAUGGCAGCCGGGUUCUUUACUGCUGGAUCGCAGGGGUUGGGGCCAUUUAAAGAUAUGGCCCUGGCCUUCCCUGAGGAGGAGUGGAGGCAUGUGACCCCAGCCCAGAUAGACUGCUUUGGGGAGUAUGUGGAACCGCAGGACUGCAGGGUCUCUCCAGUGUUCAUUGCAUUAAGACAAUUGGGAGGUGAAGAUGGAAUGCAAGACGUAUAAGAAAACAUGUUUCCUGUGUUCCAGAAAUGUCAGGGGAGAUGUGGUAAAAAUAAUAAAUCAUAACUAAUAAUAUGAUAAGUGCUUCGUUGAGUGUUACAAAAAAUAUGUUCUUCAAAGAAGGCAGAAUGAAACUAUGAAUAUUCUCUCCAAACAAUGGGCAAAGUCACAGCAGAUUAACUCUCACCUAUGUUAAUAAUCAAAUUGGAAUUCUGACAAAGGCCCCACACCAACAGUGAUUACAAUGAUAAAAAAUGUUUAUUUGCUGGUUUUCAGUCAUUCAGUUCUAUAGAUUUCUCUUUAGUGUGCAGGACAGCAUCAGAUAAUAUUUUUGUAAAGGGGAUUUUAUCACUUCGCUUAAUAUAAAACUUAUUAUAGAAUAUUACAAAUAAAACGUGAUAUAAAUGUCACUAUUAGAGUCAUCAUGAUAAUUCUUAUUUUUCUUAAAAGUUAUGGAUCAAAUUGUUGAGAAAUAUUUAUUCUCUGAUGAGAGCUCAGGAGGAGUUGAUAAUGCUAACUAGAGGUGGGUAGAGGUAGUCCUAUGAGAAGCAGAGAAGCUGAGUCUACCUAUCUGUCACUUACCUGGUCACCUCCUUUAUACUACAUAAUGCACAACACUCUACACAGACUCUGGGAGAGCUCAAUGAAUGUACAAAAUCACCAACUACUCAUGCAGUACAUUAGAUUAAGCCCGUCUUUAUUUCAGGGUUUUAUUGACUAAGUUGAAAUCUCUGGUGUUCUGGGGCACAGCUUUCUUGAAGACCAAAGUAGAAGUCCUUAGAAUAACUCACUCUCCACUUAGGGUUCCAUCUCUUGAAUCCACCUUUAGAACAAUGGGUUUUUCUGGUUGAAGAAGUCCUUGUGUGUCUAAUUUCAAGGGGAUCUACAAUAGUUAAACAAGCAUAUGGAGAAUUAAUAAAUGAAGUGAAAGAAGAAAAGAUGGAAGCAAAGUAGAAAAAAUACGACAAAAAUGCUUUGCAAGCAUAUAAAAACGACUCAACACCAUGUAUCUUGAAUUCUUCAUACUUAAUCUAUAAGCUGGGUAAAUACUGGAUAGUAAAAGCACUCACCAUCCAUCGUUUAACAAAAUAUUUAUGGACCACCGACUCUGUGCCAGGCCUGAGACAAAUUCUUGUGGACUUGUGUUUUUUUUUAAUUUAAAUCUUAAGUAAAAAGGAUGAGUUUUAAAAAUUAAAUCCAGAUUAGUAGGUAUUAUGGCAAACUAUUUUGGAAGUGCUAUAUAAAGUUAAAUUUUUAUAGGUUAAAACUUGCAAGGUAAUCCUGAGUAGCUGUUGUGCAGUUUAAUUAUGUGGGCAGUUUUCAACUUCCAGAGUCUAGUAACCCUUCCCAGUUGAACCCAUCAAGUGCAAUGAUGGGAAAUGUCUUCAGAAAGAAUUAUUCUUUUCUUUUUAACAUCUCCUCUUGGCUUCCAAGCGUAGUGCAAACGGGGAAUUUCUCAAGUUGUACAGUGUUUUGACUCAUACUUCUAGCACUAUUGUCACUGAGUCACCCCUUCACUGCUGGGGGAGCCACCAACAGAGUAACAUUCUGAUCUCAGUUCAGUGAGGGGAAAGCAAGUUGCCAUGGAUACAAAGAAGUGCCAGCCUGAGAUGCCUGAGAGCUUGCCAGGGAAUAUCUUCCCUGUCCCAGGUGUGCCAGAGGCCCACUUUCUGUCAGGGCUGAGCCCCCUGCCUGAAUACACACAUAGGAAAGCUACACAGCUGCCCUGAAGCCAUAGAUAAGAUGGCAACCAUCUCCAUCCUCCUCCUCUCCCAAGCACAAAGUGUACUUAAGGGGUAGAGUUGCAUAUUAAAUGCACUGGUCCUGGAAAUAAGACUUAUAGGCUAUUGCUUAAUAUGAAUCAAUGACAUCUGUUCUUUAACUUCUUCAGAGAAAAGAUUCUAAAUCUUUCUUUAAAUGUAUCACCUGGAACAUAAGGUCAAGGAGUAAGGAUAGCCCUGCUCUAUGGUAGUCCUUCAUAUCCACCAGAAAUGCCUGAAAUUAGUCAUUCUCCACCUUGGCUUCACGUGAGAACUAAUCAGGGGUUCACCUGACAGCAUGACAGAACCUAGUCACGCUCUGGGUUAAUUAGUUUAGAAUUUCUGAGAUGUCACAGGCAUCAUGAAUUUUUAAAGCUCCCUGGUGAUUCCAAUAUACAGCUAGUGGUUGAGAACCACUGUCAUGAGAGAGCUUCUGCAGAUUCUGGUGAUGGAGAACACCAUUUAAGUCACAGCCAGGUAAUCAUUGCACUUCAUGAUUGUGCAAAACACUUCUUCUUUCCAAUUGACUUGAAACUGAGUUUAAACUUACUCAGGUUCAAAGAGACUACACAUAAUCAUGUCAUGCUAAUCUGCGUGGACUUUACAUGAUGUUCUUAAUGCUACAGGUUUUGAAGUCCAGAACUGAAGCAUCCUUAAUGAUCAAAGAUGGAUCCAAAUAGGUUCUUUGGCCCAUAGAAUGAAUUAUUAAAAGAUAAACAUGCAUAUUCUUUUAAAAAAUAUAUACCCUUCAGUUAAAAAAAUUCUUAAUAAAACAUACAGAAAGUGUACUGACCUGUGUUUCUUUACAAGGUUUGAAGGAGAAGUUCUGAAGGACUCUGAUUAGAGCAAGUUUCAUGUUCAUGAGAGCAAACCUCAUGCCAAUGCAGUUUCUGGGUCCAGUUCCAAAGGGUGUGUAUAUGUAAGGAUCUAUGCUGUCCUUCUUCUUAUUGAACCUAGUUCCAUAUUGGUAGAUUAAAUAGUUAAUGAAACAUAAAAACCACAGAGUUACAUGUUAGGGGUUCUUACUUAAGAACAACCUCCCUCCACCUCCCAACCAGUAGUACACAGGAUACUUUUGUGGGCUGGUCAUUGAAAUCCUGCUUUGGUUAUUUCGUUAUAAUCAUCAUAACCUACAGGUACUUUCAAUUCUCCAUACCCUAUAGGAGCGUUUCUUGAGAUGAGAUGAAUAUUGUUGCAAAUAAUAUUUAUCUCUAAACACUAAAAUUAUAUUCAGGGUGGUGAUGUGUUCACACUAUAAAAGGCACAUAAGUGAUAAGACUGAUGGAUGGAAAAGUGGAUUCCUGCCUCAACUCACACUUACGUUGGUCACAUGCUCAUUGAGAAAGGAGAAGGAGAAAAUGUCUUGUGCUAUUUCAAGUUGUUAUUUUUCCCUUUCCUUCUCCUGUCAUCUCUUUUUUUCUAAUUCCCCUCCUCCUCCUCUCUACCUUCCCCGUCCACCUUCUCCUCUGCCUCCUUCUCCUCCUCCUUCUCUUCCUUGUUCUUCUCUCCAUCUCUUCCUCUCUUUCUCCCCCACACCCUUACAGGAUAGUUUAAGUCGCAUAAGUUACAUGGGCAUAUGAUGCUACCCUACUGUAGUGUCAUCACUGCUUUCCUUGAUCUGUUCCAUUAGGCUAUAAAUUCUUUGAAGAUUGACCCAUGUUUUAUUCAAAUUUGAUUUCUAAAUAUUUGAUUAUAGUAAGGAAAAAAUGUUGAUUCGAGGAAAGUAAUAAUGGCAUUGUUGUCAUAUGUUUUUACAGGAGUCUUUAUAUUUUGGAGAGCAUUCUGAAAUAUUUACAGGCUAUUGCUUCAAAAUAACAUGAUAGUCAGGAGGAGGGUGGUGGUGGCAUUUGGAUGGGGCAGCUAACAUGGAUUGAUGGCUGUUGGAACCAGUGAUAGAUAUAUGGAGAUGCAGGAAAACUAUUCUAUAGGCUGGUGUCUGUACCAUAUACUUGUGUAUAUGUCAGACAUUCUCUAAUAUAUAUAUACACACACAUAUACAUAUAUAUCACAUGAAUUUAUGGAUUUAUGUAAAUCAUAUGGAUUUAUGGAUUUAUAUAAAUCAUAUGAAUUUCUCCCUGCCUGGCCAAGUUCCUGACACAUGGCAAGCACUAUCUUUUUGGUGACUGAGUGAUUCAAAGUGAAGUACAGCGAGUGGUCUCUGAUUUCGUAUUAGUGCAGCCACAGGAGGUGGAAGUGCUGAGCUUGCAGGAAACAUAGAAGUCCUCUACUCCAAAAAACAGAGAACUUGGUCAGCUCUGACUUACUCUGUGAACAAGUAUUAUGUACAGACUCCAUGCUAGCACUAGGGACACCAUGACCAACAAGACAAGGUUCCUCCCAUCAGCAAACUUGCGGGUAGGGGCUAAUGAAAGUCUAGAUCCCAAGCAUCCUAAAUCACCAGCCAGUACCCUAAAAAUUUCAUUCUAAAUUUUGCUUAAUAAUACAGUAAUGGGAAAACACCAACUAUAUCCAGAGUGCGAACUAUGCCUAAGGCCUGACCUUGUCCCUGAAUUCCCAGAAGAGCAUGCUCAAGACACCUCCAAGGAGGAGUGUGUGAGAUGUCUACUGAGAGUAUAAGGGAGCUGGCACAGGACUGCAGCCACAGAUAGGACCAGGAGGACCUGUGCUGUCUUGUGUCUUCAGUGAAGUGGCUUAAACCGUUAGGGAUGAGGAGUUCUCAGGACCUCAGCCUGCACUCUUAUAAUUACUACAGAGGAAAUAGCAAGUAACGUUGAAAGCAAAUGGAAUGUGGAAGCAUGUUUUAAAGUUGCUGUUAAAUUCAGAGAGCUAAAGGGCACAGCAUAGAAAAAACAGAAAGGAAUAAAAAGCCUAUACACCUGAAAUAACAUCAUGGUUAAAUGGUU